UGGCGCUUAAGCCCCGCCCCUCGCUAAUAGGCUUUUAUUCGGGUCUGAAAGCAGGUGAGGUCAGACGCCAGCAGACUCUCACACACACAACCACCUGCUCGGCUUAGUGUCAUUUGAACAGCAGCAGCAGAAAAAGAAUAAGAAGAAAAGGAAGAAGCAGCAGCAGCAGCGAUGAACGCCACGGACUACCCGUUCUCUGAGUACUCGUUCGAGAGGAGCUUCGACGAGAGGAGCGCCAUCGACUGGAUGCAGAACCACUGGACCAAGGCCUUUGCGUUCUGCGCCCUGUAUGCGGUGCUGGUGUUCGGAGGGCAGCACUUCAUGAGGGAACGGCCGAAGCUGAACCUGAGGCGACCGCUGGUGCUGUGGUCCCUUGGCCUGGCUGUCUUCAGCAUCAUUGGGGCAGUCCGCACCGGCUGGUACAUGCUCUACGUGCUCUCCUCCGGGGGCUUCAGGAGGUCCAUCUGUGACCAGGGCUUCUACUACGCUCCCGUCUCCAAGUUCUGGGCCUACGCCUUCGUCCUCAGCAAGGCUCCGGAGCUCGGCGACACCUUGUUCAUCGUGCUCCGUAAGCAGCGCCUCAUCUUCCUCCACUGGUACCACCACAUCACGGUGCUGCUCUACUCCUGGUACUCCUACAAGGACACGGUGGCGGGCGGCGGCUGGUUCAUGACCAUGAACUUCUCGGUGCACGCGCUCAUGUACUCGUACUACGCGGCGCGCGCGGCGGGUGUCCGCGUGCCGCGCCCGCUGGCCAUGCUGAUCACCAGCGCCCAGAUCAGCCAGAUGCUGAUGGGCGUGACUGUGAGCGCGCUGGUGUACCGCUGGAUGCAGAGCGGGGACUGCCCCUCCCACCUGGACAACAUCGUGUGGGCCUCGCUCAUGUACUUCAGCUACCUGGUGCUGUUCACCCAGUUCUUCUACCAGACCUACCUGAGGGGCCGCGCGCCCCCCAAGAGCCCCAAGAGCCCUAAGACCUCCAAGCUGGACUAGGGCCCGCGGGGCAGGGGGGCCCCAGGGGCCGGGAGGGGACCUCACCUUUUUUAAAGAAUCUCUCCAACCAGCGAGGUGCUGCGGGACCAGUCUGGUUGGAACCGGUUCUGCAGUAUACCAGUUUUAUAGCCAUGCCUUUUUUAGCAGUGUCAGGUCUGCUGGGUUCACCUGCCAUGAAGACGCGCAACCUUCCUGCCUCACCCCCCCCCCCCCCCCCCAGUGGGGGUGGGACGUUGCAUCAUUCACCCACCCGCAUUCCAGACUCAUGGCCUCAUUGAAGUGUUUCUUGGCAACCGAGCGAUGCUGCGUUACCCGGGGAACCGGUCGGACCAGUGCGGCGGCUGAGGAGUGCUGAGAGGAGAGGGCGGAGCCUGCAGGCGCUCUCAGGGCGCGGCGCCGGCUCUCGGUCCGCCGGUUCUUCGACAUCCCUGAGCUCUCUGGGUGGAGUCCCGUUUCGGGUCGUCCCGACACGGAGGUGGACGCUGGUUGAUCUGUUAGCGUGUUCUGAAGAGCUGGGACUUCUCCCCGGGCUCAAGUCAGUCCUUAUGUUUGUUUUCUAAAUCUUUAAUAAUUUAUUCAGUGGCUCCUCGGGGUUCCCCUCAUCACUGCCCUCUCGUGGGCCGCUGUGUUCAGCUCAUCACUGCCCUCUAGUGGGCAUUUUUUUUAAAACUAUACACAAUCUACUACCUACCUCUAUGGACCGAUUUUAAUGGUUCCAAGUAAGGAACACAUUCAGAAUUUUGGUGUGAUAAAUGUUUACUAAGAGUUGAUGUUCACACGUUUUGGAGAGAUAAUUUACACAUCUUGCUGGUAAAAUCUUUCCAAAAGUCAAAUGGAGAAUAUACUGGUCUUUAUAAAGGACCUGGUUGGCUGGGGGGGGG